AUGCCUUCGAUCGCGAAUAUCCAUAAGCGUCAUGCCUAUGGCAAAGAUGCCCAUACCUACUACCCGGUGCUCAUUGUUGGCGCCGGGGAGUCCGGUGUGGCCAUGGGAUGCCGUCUGAAAGAGGUUCUUGGGACUGACCAGUUUCGAAUCUUUGAGCGCCAGUCAGGCAUCGGUGGCACUUGGUGGAUCAACCGGUAUCCGGGCGCUGCUUGUGACAUCCCGGCUCUAUUCUACUCUUUUUCCUUUGCGCCGAAGAAGAACUGGUCGACAGUGCACCCUUCUGGUCCCGAAAUUGCACAGUAUCUCGCAGAUGUCUGCGAAAAGUAUCAGAUCGUCGACAAGGUCCAAUUGAACACCGAUGUGAAACAUCUUCGAUGGGUCGAGGAAGAUGAGGAGUGGGAAGUCACACUCUCUCAUCUUGUUCCUGGAACGGGUGAUCUUUCCAGUUAUGAUCGGGAGCAGCUCGCAAUCCGGGAAGGCCCGCACAGUGUGUACGUUAAAACCGAGAUGGUGCGAGCCAAGAUCGUCGUCAGUGGUGUGGGAGGCUUGGUUGAACCCAAAACCUGGCCGAAGGAUAUCCCGGGCAUCGACGACUUCCAGGGUGAAAUCAUGCACACGGCCCGGUGGAACAGUGAUGUUGAUUUGCAGGAGAAGGAUGUCAUCGUGGUGGGCUCGGGGUGCAGUGCCGCGCAGGUAGUUCCUGAAUUGGCCAAACCCGAAGCCAAUGUUCGCACUAUCACUCAGCUGAUGCGCACGCCUCCAUGGGUUCAACCGGAUCUGCUACCCCCUCAUUUGCUGGUCUAUUGGGAGAAGUGGAUGCCCAGCCUGAUGACCCAUGUCCCUGGACUGUCGGCCUUCCUACGCAAAGCUCUGUUUUGUAUGGUUGAACACAAUUUCUUUGCUAUGUUUACGGACACUGCGUAUGGUCGCUGGCAACGGCCUCGCAUCGAGAAAGCGUUCUUGGACCAUAUGCGCGUGAUGGCGCCCAAGGAAUACCACGAGGUCCUUACCCCCAACUACAGUCUCGGUUGCAAGCGGCGUAUCAUCGACGGCACUUGGUAUCGAAGCUUGAAUGCACCAAAUGUCGAGCUGACCACUCAGCCACUGACUCGGGUUCACGCAAAAAGUGUGACAUUGGGUCCGGGCUCGCAUUACCCGCCCAACCAGAAGGAAUACUCGGGUACAGUCAGGGAAAUCCCGGCAGACGUGAUAAUAUUGGGCAAUGGCUUUGAAACCAAUCAGUGGCUUCAUCCGCUGAAGGUGACCGGAAAGGGCAACAAGGACAUGGAAGACGUCUGGGCCGAGCGUGGAGGUGCUCAGGCUUACCUGGGCAUCGCGAUGGAUCAUUUCCCGAACUUCUUCAUGCUCUUCGGGCCGAACACUGCCACCGGCCAUACCAGCGUCAUUUUCGCAACCGAGAAUGCAGUCAACUACUCGUUGAACUUCAUUAAGCCCAUUUUAGAAGGCAAGGUCAGCUCGUACGAGGUCAAGGAGGAAGCCGAACGGGCUUGGACCAAGUCAGUGCAGGAUCAGCUGCAGAAGACAGUUUUCCGACGCGGUGUGUGUUCUAGCUGGUACAUCACGGCGGAUGGUUGGAACUCGACGACUUACCCAUUUUCUCAAAUUCAUUACUGGCUGCGGUGCUCAUUCCCAGUCUGGCGGGAUUGGACUGCAAAGCGGACUCGCAAGGGCGUCCUUCUGCAACGGAUCUACAAAGCUAUUCAGCUCUCUGUGCUUGUCAGUGCCAUUACCGCAAUCGGCUGGCUGCGGAAGAGCCCGCAGUCCCGAGGCCGAAUUUUACAGGCGCUGUCAGCUGGCAAGGACUGGAUUUUGUCGAAAGCAUAA